GGAUUGUUUUGUUUUGUUUACUUUCUUUCGGCUCGAUUUUGACAAUGUCUGGCUAGAAUCUGAAUAAUUACGAAACAUAAAGACAAAAGAUGUGAUUGAUGACUUGCAAAAAUGUUGUUUGAGUGAAAAGGAAGAAUUUUGGUUAUGAAUUUAAGCAUGAACACUGUUCGUUACGCCGGAGAGUGACAAUUUGUCGUUACGGCUCGGCUCGGCUCAAGGCUCCUGGCUCCUGGCUCCUGUUGUACGAGGCUCUGUGGCUCGGCUCAGGCUCCUGGCUCCUGGCUCCUGGCUCCUGUUGUACGAGGCUCUGUGGUAUCGGCUCAGGCCGUUAGCGCUGGAAGAAGGAGGAGGAAUGGAGGAGAAAAUAUAGAGGACUGAGAGCCCGUGAACGACGUUUCUCAUUGACGGCGCGCGAACACUUUAAUCAUCUUUUUUUCUGUUCCAGACAAGAAGCAUUGAAAUCUUUGUAACAGAGCUACUUAAAAUGAAUCAAAAUGGGAGCGGCGGCGGCGUUGGCGGCGGCGGCAGUGUGUACGGACGGAUGGGCGGCCCGUACGACCGCUGGGUGGAGCCCACCGACCGCUCGCCGCUCGGCCGCGUCCAGCAGCAGUACUGGACCACCAAACAGACGCUGAUGCGCAAACUGGGCAAGAAGGAGGACGAGCAUGUGGUGGCGUCAGACUCUGAGCUGGACGCCAAGCUGGAGAUGUACAGUAGCAUCGACGAGACGUGCCUGGACUUGGACCGGCUGCUGGGCUUCUACCAGGACCAGCUCUGCGUGUUAUCGCAGGAGGAGAACAGCCUGGGCCGCUUCCUCAAGGAGCAGGGCAAGGAGGACAAGACGCGCGCCGGCAAGAUGAUGGUGGCCGUGGGGAAGACGAUGUCGUACACGGCGCAGCAGCGGCUGGCGCUUCGCUCGCCGCUGCUGCGGCUCCACCAGGAGGUGGAGACGUUCCACAACCGUGCCGUCAAGGACACGGCUCAGACGGUGCGCACGAUGGAGAAGGUGCGCACCGAGUACCGCGGAACGCUGCUCUGGAUGAAGGACAUCUCGCAGGAGCUCGACCCCGACACAUACAAACAGCUCGAAAAGUUCAGAAAGGUCCAGAUGCAGGUGAAGAAGAACAAGCAGCGCUUCGACAAGCUGAAGGUGGACUGCCUGCAGAAGAUCGACCUGCUAGCCGCCUCCCGGUGUAACAUGUUCUCGCACGCGCUGGUGCUCUACCAGGACGCGCUGCUCCAGUUCUGGGAGAAGACGGCGCGCACCAUGAACCACGUGGCAGAGAGCUUCAAAGGCUACCAGUACUACGAGUUCUCCGUCAUCAAGGAGCUAUGUGAACCGUCCAGACAGUUGGCGGACCGGACCUCGUCCUCUCGGCCCGCCCCGGCCCAGCCGGCGGUAGGGGCGGCCGCGGCGGCCCCGGCGGAACAGGACGGCGAUAAACUCAUCUCGCUCGAUCUGGACCAGCCGGACGAUGACGCCGAGACUGACGCGUCAUCAGCGGCGGCGGCGGCGGCGGCGGAUGACGACAUGCUGCUGGACCUGGGUGGUGAGGAGACCGGCCGGGGCUCAGAGGAGUCGGGUGGACAGCGGCAGUCGCACCGACCGCUCCGACACGCCGGCGGCGGCGGCGCUGCCGACCUGCUCACCCACCACCCGGAGAUCCCCGACCUGGAGAAGGAGGACCAGGAGCUGCUCGAGGAGAUCCUGGCGGCCCCGUCGGCCGCCGCCGCCGCCGCCCAGCCGGGCCUGUGGCACACUGAGGGAGCACAGGAACCGGCACAGAGCGGCGGGCACGAACUGCAGGACGUGUUCGGUGGUCUGUCCCUGGGCGGAGGCGCCCAGUACCAGUCCUCGGCGUUCAUGCCCUCUCAGCUGUUUGGCUCAGGAGGUCGAAGUGCGGCCGGCGUCGCACAGAUGGCAGCACCAGCAGGAGCCGCCGCUGCGGCCCCCGUUGCUUCCCAAGGACCCGUACCCCAGCCGAAAUCUGCGGCGGAUAAACAAAAGGACAUGUCGGCGUGGUACAGCCUGUUCGCCGACCUGGACCCGCUGGCCAACCCGGACGCUGUCGGAAAGAAAAAGGGAGAGGAGGACCGCAACUGCUAGCCACAGCGGCGUGCAGACACCCGCACACACGCACACGAACACACCGCCCGGCCCGCCGGGUCGGCCGGCGCGGCACUGGGUUGCUGACAACCUGGUGAGGGUUGGAGAUGGCUGGCGUGUCUCGAGGUUCGCCGGGGCAUAUCCGAGGAGGCUAGUAUGACGAUGUUCGAGCUUGACGUUCACCGAUGAACAGUGACCAUCGAAAAACCGCCCAGGGACUCAGAAAGGCGUCUUGGCAGUUACGAAAUCAGAUUCAUGGACAAACCAGAGGCCGCUUCUACCGUUCUGAGACUCAGCAAGAGUCCACUCGGGUGGAAUAAGGCCAUUGUCAUAGGCUGGUCGGGUCGAACCGAGACCCAGGGGGCUGCCCGCACUGGUCCGCGGCAGUGACAGUGCUGCGAACUGGCGGCAAGGAGUUGCGAGAGGCAGCGUGGUGUGCAAUUGUGCCCUGGAGGUAACGUGUGAUGCGAGAAACAGUUAUCUGCGCACUAUAUAUCAGUCGACGGGCUGGUGUCCCGGCCGCGCGCUGGACAUGGCCGCUGUAUCGCUAACUUGGUCCCUCCUUCCCUUCUCCGUGUUGUUGGCUGCUUUGUUUGUUCCGUACGCCAGUGCAGACUAAAUCUGGUGCUGUCUCAGUCGCUGCGCGGAACUGUAUCUCGACUGGUGUGAGUUUGCGUGGAGGGGUACAUUUAUACCGUGUGUUGGGCUAUCAGGUACGGUGCGUCCGCGACUCGAAAUCGUCUGUAUAUCUCGUUUGUGGACGGGUGAUGACCCUCUCUGCCCCCCUGCGGUGCUCGGAGGUGGCGUAAGUCGUAUCCCCGGCGCCUGUCGCUCCUCCUGCCCCGUUUGUACGUGGAGCGGGCUCAGAGCAGUCUCUGAACAGAGGCCUUCGCGCAUCUAGUCUAUAUUUUGGAUAGUUUGCUCCUGUUUUGUUUGAAUCCUAUCAUGCUUUAAUUAUCUGGCUGUUGUGAUAUAUUAUCGCCGAAAUCGACUUCGGCAUAGGUAAUACAGAUGUGGUAUUCGAAUGAAGA